AUGUACGGUGACCAAUUUGAAGAAGACUUCGACGACGACGACGGCCGUAACCUCCUCGUCAACGAGCUGCAGGAACAUCUCAAAGAACUGACGAAGCAAAAUGAAGAUCUCAAACAGAAGAAUAUCACGAGUGAUGAAGUGAUUGCGUGCGUUGCCCUACCCACCUGUCGUAUGCCCACCUGUCGUAUACCCACCUGUCGUAUACCCACCCGUCGUAUACCCACCUGUGGUAUGCCCACCUGUCGGAUACCCACCUGUCGUAUACCCACCUGUCGUAUACCCACCUGUCGUAUACCCACCUGUCGUAUACCCACCUGUCGUAUACCCACCUGUCGUAUAUCCACCUGUCGUAUUCCCACCCGUCGUAUACCCACCCGUCGUUGUAUUAUGCGCCAAUACCGCGCUAAGGAAGCCCGGCUAAGAGAGUUGGAGGAAGGUAUAGGGAACGAUACGGGAGAAGUAAAAAUGCUCAAAGAGCAACUGGAGAACACUCGCUUGCAGAUCGAAGCCCUCCAGUCCGCCGCAGGUGAGACCCGGGGAUAUGAAGAUGUUGUGGGCGAGAAGAACCAAAGGAUCAAAGUCCUCGAAGCCAAGCUCGAAGCCAUUGAAAAAGAGAGAGAAGGGACCAUAACAAAAACAGAUCUUAUUGAGACCUUGUGA